AUGGUGCUUGUCAACGGUAUCAAGUAUGCGUGCGAAAGAUGCAUCCGGGGCCAUAGGGUGACGACUUGUAACCACACAGAUCAACCUCUGAUGAUGAUCAAACCCAAAGGACGUCCUUCUACGACAUGCUCGCAUUGCAAAGAACUCCGGAAAAACAAAAAUGCAAAUCCUUCGGGUUCGUGCACCUGUGGGAGACAAGAGAAAAAACGACUGGCCCAAAAGGUCAAAGAAGAAGCACGUAGCAGUGGAAAAGGUACUAAAGACGUCAACUGCGAUUGCAUAGAGUCCGACAAAUGCUCAUGCCAUCGCACUCGAAAAACACAUCGUCGCAUGGGGUCGUCCAAAACGAAGGGCACUGCAGGAUCGUCUGUUUCCAUAACUUCUGGCGAUUCACCCACGCUUUCUGCUGUUGACGGGCCGGAGGUCAUAGGUAGAGUAGGGAAAAACCAAGGACUCAGUUCGAUCCCGUCUUUCCACUCGUCUCAAUCACUAGAUCGAGAUUUUAGCCUCGGUCAAAGCCCGCCAUUCUCUCCGUCUUUGUACAAUAAUAGCGCUAACAAUUGGGAAACAAGCUCGAUUACCAGCUCUUUGUUGUCGGAGUCCAGGCUAAAUUUAGUCGACCGUGGCUACUCGGCGUCUGUUCCAAUACCUGAAGAGCAAGGCCCAGAUGGAGAAAAAACCACUCUUAAGGGCAACAAGUCUCGAGGAGACGAGCUAGCAACAUCAAUAGACAAAGUCCCAGAGACUCAUAAUCAUCAUAGUGGAUUCGAAAGCUUUGGGUUUCAAAAUCGCAUCGGAUGGGCUCAAAACGAUACUAAACAUGGCAACAUGGAUUUGUUUGCCGAUACUUCGGAAUUCGGCAACACUAAUUACCGAACUUUGAAGCAGCAUCACCACACCAAAGGUCCAGGACAUCCUUCAAUGGAUAAAGUAUGGAUUCCCGAGUCUCCGCACUCCACCGCUAUAACUUCUCGGUCAACAUCAUUUCAUCGCGAAGUACCGAAAACGUUAACUUCAAGACCUUCUAUCGAUAGCGCUAGCUCUGAUUUCUCAAGAUUUACGAUCAGCGGGACUGGAUACAAAGAGAGACCUGUUGCAUCUAUAACACAAAGUCAGCAGCCGCAGCAGCCAUAUAUCACAGCGCGACAACUGCAAUCGCAACAUAGCUUUUUGGGUACUGACGCUCUACAUCCUACAUCAUUUGAUAUGAAGGACGAGAACUCGCAAAGCGUGGAAGUUUUGUCUCUAACUCCCAGCUUUAUGGAUAUUCCAGACAACUCCAAUUUGUAUUCUGCCACUUCCAACCCAUUUCUGAACUCACAAGGAGGAGCCGAAAUACGGCAGCGUUCCGUCAGUAUUCACAGAAAUCACCGUUAUGACCAGUUUUCGAAACAGCAAACAAGUAGUCGAAGUCACUUGUCGCUCAGUGAUGCCGAUCAUACCAUGAAAAAUGACCAGUCAUUUUCAAAUCCUUCCAGGCGUGAAGGUGUCAACACUGACCCGACAGUCCCGCCAAGAGUACCUGUGAAAGAUUCCCCGCCCACCUACAACGAUGCAGCUGCCACCAUGAGCCCGCCUAGGAACGGACUGAUGACACGGCCGAUGGAGCCAGCUUCAAGCUUUACUUCUGAUUUUGACGACAUUCUGGGAUACAACACUAAUGAUGACACGCAUUCACUUCUUUCAAGGCCAUCGAUAAAUUUGGAUCUCACCACAAAUACAAAUGCAGAUAAUUUGUCCAUGAGUCAGAACGCUCAACUCUCUCCUACAUUAUUUUCCGAGACCGUUGGCGACUUCAGCUUCAACGACAUCGACAAAUUGAUGUCUGACCCUUGA